AUGAGUAAAAGCUUGACACUUGAAAAGGGCGGCACGCAGCUGGGGCAGCCGCACAAGAUCGAGCGGCUCGGGACCACGUUCGUCCCCUUUCAGAUGUUCCUGGACUACAUCCAGGCCCUCGCCACUACUACAUUCACGGGCGCGGAAUACCGGCUUCUAGAGCACAACUGCAACCACUUCAGCGACGAGGUGGCGCAGUUCCUGUGCGGCGCACGCGUGCCGAAGCACAUCUUGCAGCAGCCGGAAGCGCUGCCGCCGCCGCUGCGGCAGGCCUUGACCGCGCUGCUCGACAACCUCACGCCGCACGCCGACCAGGCGGUGUAUGCGGCGGGCGUGCGGCACGCGCGGCAGGACAGCCCCGACUUCCACACGCUCAAUGACCAGAUCGAGGAAGCCAGGGUGGCGUCAGCGGCACUGGAGGCGCGGCGCAGUACACUGGCCGAGAAGUUGGCGCGUAAGGAACGCCGGCGCGACAAGCGCAAGAAGAAGCAACUCGCCAACGGCCACGCCAGCGGCGAUGCAGACCUGGACGAUAUGGCGGAAGCAGUGGAUGUAGCGCCGGUGGUGUCCGAACAGUUGGCAGGCCCCAGCACCGAUGCCUUGAUGGACGCUGACGAGCGACGCCAGGAGGAAGAGCGCCGCCGCUCACGGGAUCCACCUAUCAUCUAUAGAGAUAUUGAUGGCGCUGCGGAGUUUGAGAAGCUGAGCGCUGCAUUGGAAGGCGUGUCGCUGAGCCCUGAAGAGAAGCAGAGCCUGGACGAGUUGCAACAGUAUCUGGUACACGGCGAAGGUAGCUGGGUACUGGGUGAUGACUUCCUCGCUUUCUUUGGGCGCCUGCUGAACGACGACAGCGUGUCGUCCGAGGCCCGCGCCGCCGCGCUGCGCUGCCUGGCGGCGUCGGCGCUGCGCGACGACGUGUCGCUAGUGCUGCACCAGGACCGGCGCCACCACGCGCUGCUCUCCUACGCGCACCGCAUCGACCUGCUCCCGCUGCCUGAACAGAUCGCCACCGCCCUCUUCAUGUGCAAUCUCUUCGAGAACAUAUCUUCUUCGGAGUGGCUUAUGUACAUAAGCGAGUGGGAAUCAGCAGGACAGCCUCUCUCCAACAUUCGUGCCACCACCAAGGUGUGCGUGCACGCCCUGCUGGCCGAGGACCCCACGCUGCGCGACCUGGGCACGGCGCUUAUGCACAACGUGGCCACCAAGGAGGUAAAGACCGUGGUGUUCGACGAGGUGUGCGUAGAGCUGGGCAUGGCGCUGCUGCAACUGCUGCAGUGGGCGCCAGCGGAGGAGCACCUGUUCCGCGCCGUAAAGGCCCUAGCGCGGCUCGCUCAACACUCAGCUGAGGUACCGCAGUUGAUCGCCAUGGUCGGACCAGAUCCCGCAGCAUUCAGGGGGACAAGUCCACGCGUCGAUGAGCAGAUCGACUUGAUAAUGAAGAAGGUCAAGUAGCUGCGACUCACCACUGCACAGUUACCAUCACUUCACACUACAGCUUUACCUCCUAGCUCUCGUAUAGUUACCAUUAUUGUAAUUCUAAUUGUUAAUAUGCGCGGCAGACGGCAAAUUGUUCUUAACGCACGAGCGCUCUUCAUUUUAACACUAUCUUCGGAUUCGUACAGCACUUAUCAACUGAUCAACGACAAAAUGUCAUACAGGUAUGAGUGACAGAGACAACGCUCUACAUACCCGAAAUCAACAGAUUGCCUUUUUGUAAAGCAUCGAUGUGUGAUAUAUCUCGUAUUGUACAUUAUUUUGAUUAAGCGGCUUGAAAUUGUUCUUGCUCGUCUCCGCUUCACUUGAGUAUGUAAUGGACCGUCCAUUGCCAGUGUUGCCAACUAGACUAAAGCAAAUGUCUCUGGACAGGUUUGAAAGCCCGCUUCAUAUGAAAAAUCGAUUCUUAUUUGAACGCUUAGUGACAGUAGCCGCAGCACGUUCCUCGCAGAACAGAUACCCGAUGGGGCCAAAGAGUUCUGAGGUAGACGCAGCGUGGGUAGACCAUCCUCAAGGUGGACCAACGACCUGGUGAAAGCUACGGGAAUCCGCUGGAUGCAAAUCCGGUAUGUGUGGCGUUUGGGAGAGACCUAUGUUCAGCAGUGGACGUCUUUCGACUAAAAUGAUGACUCAAGAACAACACAACCUACUUACAUCGUAGUAAGCAUUUUUGUACAUAUUAUUGCUUUUAUUAGUUAUUUAUUUUAUUUAUACUAUUGUAACCACAUGUGCCUUUAGCCACUGCCGCGUAUUGGAGUUGUAUAUAAUACAAAAUGUUAGUAAUAUAGAGCCUUAUAUAUGGGUAAGGGGAGAACUAGAAGUAAGUACCUGAUUUUAGCAAAACCUUCGUUGCAUAUUGUAUAAUAUGGUACGUGGAAUCGAUGGUGGCCGUAGAGAUUAAGUUACAGCCGUAGACAUUGGAUAUAGUAAUAUUAAGAGCGAGUGAACAAGAAGAGACCUUGUGAACAUUGUGAUAGAAUUGAAUUGUCACCGCAUUACGCUUAGUUUCGUCACCAAUCCCACCUCUCUAAUGUCAGUCCUUGUUAUAUGCCAAACAACCACACCAAUUACCUGGCCUCGAACCAGGGAAUUCCUUGUAAUACCCUCAAUACCAAGUCUGCAAACUUUGUUUCGGGAUCUUCGCACCUAGCGGCCACGGUGCUUGUCGCUGUGCCAUCGAGGUAGUGAAAUAAAUCUACACGUAAUAAAUCAAAUUUGGGA